GUCCGGGCAAGCCCUCCCGGCCGCACGAUGAGCCCCGAGCCGGCAGCGCAGCCUCCGGCCCCUCAGAGCGCGGGCUGCAGCCUCGAGGAGCCCGCGGCCGAGCGCCUGGAGCAGGGCGCCGCGGCCUUCCUCGCCGGCGACUACGAGGAGGCGGCCGAGCUCUUCCGCUCGCUGCUGGCCGGCCUGGCGCAGCCGGAGCGCGGCCUGUGCCUGCAGCUGGGGGACGCGCUGUCCCGCGCCGGUCGCCUCCCCGAGGCCAUCGGCGCCUUCCGAGGCGCCGCACUGCUCGGGCCCCUGCAGCCCGAGGAGCUGGAGGAGCUGGCGAGCGGCCUGGCGCGCGCCCUGGGCCUGCGCGAGAAACGGCCGCCGGCGGUGGCGAGGCCGCUCGGCGCGGCUGGGUCCCCGGUGCCCGUGGCGCCCCGCGACCUGCUGGGCUGUCCGCGCUGCGGGCGGCUGCUCUACAAGCCGGUGACGCUGGCCAGCGGGCUCACGGUGUGCAAGCGCUGCGUGGAGCUGGUCCCCGGGCGGGCGCAGGCCCGGCGCGUGAACGUGGUGCUGAGCGGGCUCCUGGAGAGAUGCUUCCCCGCGGAAUGUCGGCUGCGCAGGCUCGCCUGCCAGGCGCGGGGGCUUCAGCGCCAGCAGCAGCCCGAGGCCGCGCUGCUCAGGUGCCAGCAGGCCCUGGACAUGGCCCCUGAUGAUAACUCGCUCCUGCUUUUGCGAGCAGAAUUGUAUCUAGCCAUGAAGAACUAUGGGCAAGCCCUGCGGGAUGUGGACGCAGUCUGUCAGAGGGAGCCUCUCCUGACUAAGGGGCACCAUAUAAAAGCUCAGGUUCUCUCUGGAUUGGGAAGGAGUAAAGAAGUGUUAAAGGAGUUCAUCUACUGCCUUGCUUUAAACCCUGAAUGUAACUCAGCGAAGAGAGAGACACAGAAGGUAAUAUGUGAGGUGUUCUUUCCAGCUUCAGAAAAUGAGCAUCAGAAUUCGACAGCUUCCACCCAAAGCGGACCAGACGCCCAUGGCGAUGGCCAGGCGAAUCCCCAGCAUCCUCUGGAAGAAGGCAGUAAUGCUACCACAGGCGGGUCUGAGAAUCCACCUGAGAGGUCUGAUGUGUUCGGGAAUGCCAGUUCCUCGGUUCUAUAUUUCAUCCUGGGCCAGCACUGUGAAGUGGACAAAAAAGCGCUGGAAAGCGUCAUCCCAGCAGCGCGGAGCAGCACUCUCAAGAGACAGCUCCCAAGUGACACAGAAAAUGAGUGUGACAGGGACACCCCCGAGAAAGUCCCCAAGAAAGACGCGGAUUCCUCACCUCGGGAGAGUGCGAACUCUCUGGAGGAGCCCGAGUUCAUGAUUGAUGCGGCUGACUUUGAGUGCGCCCUGUGUAUGAGGCUGCUCUUUGAACCUGUCACUACACCCUGCGGACAUACGUUUUGCCUGAAAUGCCUCGAACGCUGCCUUGACCACGCUCCACACUGUCCACUCUGCAAAGACAAGCUUUCAGAGUUGUUGGCAACCCGAAACUUCAAUGUAACUGUUCUGACUGAAGAAUUGAUAUUCCAAUACUUACCGGAUGAGCUGUCUGCUAGGAAGAAGACUUACGAUGAGGAAAUGUCGGAGCUAUCAAACCUGACCAGAGACGUGCCCAUCUUUGUGUGUGCCAUGGCCUUCCCGACAGUUCCCUGCCCUCUCCACGUCUUUGAACCCCGCUAUCGCCUCAUGAUAAGAAGGUGCAUGGAAACAGGCACCAAGCGGUUUGGCAUGUGUUUAUCUGCAGAGAAUGCAGGGAUUUCAGAGUAUGGCUGCAUGCUGGAGAUAAAGGAUGUUCGAACUUUUCCCGACGGAAGCUCCGUUGUGGACGCCGUCGGGAUCAGCCGCUUCAGGGUACUGAACCACCGCCACAGAGAUGGUUAUAACACAGCAGACAUCGAGUACCUGGAAGAUGAGAAGGUGGAAGGUGCAGAGUAUGAGGAACUUGCCGCCCUCCACGAGUCAGUAUACCAGCAGUCUGUCUCCUGGUUUGCCUCUCUCCAAGAUCACAUGAAGAAACAAAUCCUAAGCCAUUUCGGGUCGAUGCCAGACAGGGAACCUGAACCACAGAGCAAUUCUAGUGGUCCUGCAUGGUCCUGGUGGAUCCUGGCGGUGUUGCCUUUGGAACGCAAGGCUCAGCUGGCCAUUCUCGGCAUGGCCUCCUUGAAAGAGCGUCUGCUUGCCAUUCGGCGAAUAUUGGUCAUCAUUACACGUAAGAUGAAUAGUCGCCAGGAGCUGGCUAACAACACAGAGAGGAAUAAUUGAUCUUCCUCUACAUUAAGGUCGCUGGAAGCCCCUGUGUUUUAUGAGUUCCAGGCAGGGACAGAUGCCUACCCUCCUCACAGCUCUCUGUAAAAUGCUUGUCAGUAAGGUGAUAAAUGGGACAUUUGCCGAAUACCGAUUUUCUCACACAUUAAAAGUCUGCCUGCUGGACUCUGACACUGUUCAAGAUUGACGUGAAGUUCCAGUGGAAGGUUCAGUGGGGAAUCCCAUGAGCAAAUCUCUUCAGAGCAGACGCUUCACAAGCCCAGCUUACUACCGGCAUGGGACACGCACAUGGUUGGCAUGUGGCUUAGGUGUGGAAAGUGAUUACAUUCCUC